CAGAUGCUCAAAGGUGCGAUACGUUAUAUUUGGAAGAGAUGAAUCGCGUUUGAUGUUUCUGUACCUUUGUAUGAAGUAUCACCAAUCAUUCCCAUUAUCCUUCACGUAUCACGUGAAAAUUAAAUAUUGGCAUUUGAACGCUUAUAUCAGUUAGAUGACGGCGAUACGCCGUGUGUUAACAGGUCAUGGGGGCCUGUUUCGGCCGCUGCAUUUCCAAAGUUACAGACUCUUUGUCAUACAGAACAUAUUUAAAUUUAAGAUUUUACCAAAGACACACCAGUAUGUCCUACCAAGGAGACGAACAAGUUGAGUUUAUAGAUGACAAAGGAGAUGCAGACAAACCUAGAGGAUCAAAAACCCUGUUAUCGUUUCUCUCCUUAAACCGAUUCAAGAAAAAACAUGGAGUCCCUGUAACAUUAGAAUUACUAGAAGAUGGAGCAUGGUCAAAGGGUACUAAUAAAUAUGCCAGAUUAAAGUCUAGAAAUAAUGCUUCUACAAGUUCUGGACUAGAUACUCCACUCCAAAUUCUUGAUGCAAGAACAUUAAUGAAACAACAAGCAUGUGUUUCUUCCACUCCUGGCUCAUCAUUAGAUCUAGAGUGGGAACAUGAAGGAAUGCCUCUGCCAAUUAUGGAUGAUGAGAAAGUUGAAAGUACUGACGGUUCUAUAACUCAAACGUCGAUAAAUAAUAGUCAACCCUCUAGCUUGACAGCAUCUCCUUGGUCUAGGGUGUCGACACCAAAUAGUUUAGAAUGGGAUCCGGUAGAAUCGGAUAUGGUAUGUGUUGACUUAGAGACUGAACAGCUUUUGACUGAAAUAGAAAGAUUAACGGAUAGAGCGUUAAAAGAAACGGGAGAAUGGACUAAUGCUAGUUGA